AUGAGCCAACGACCUGCUAUCUCAAGAAACUCGUCUGGCGAUAAUGAGACCGUCUUCUCCGGACUCACAGGUUUCAGUGGAUACACCACCAGCUCCGCCUCCACCUACUCAGUACAGAUGCCGAAGCCAGCAACGGGAAUUUUGCCAUCUUCAGACCCGAGAUCUCCAUAUCACUUGCCAUUUCCAUCCAAUCCCAAGCCCGCAGAUGAGCUCGCCAAGCGGUUUGCUGUGUGGAAAACUAUUAUCAAACAGCUGAUUUUCUAUUUCCGCGAGGUGUCGCUUUUGAGAAAGCACUACUACGAUCUCAACGUCCAAAUGCUCAAGAAUGUGCAGUUUUUGAAUCGCCAACAGGGCAGAACCACCAGCAGUGGACCGGGGAUGUACAACCUGUUGAACAACACGAGCUCCACAAACGUUCAUGCCUCCGUUGAUCCGCCCGUAUCGGAGCCAGUUACGGGUUCUGCCGAAGAGCGGUUUAUUCAGAGUGCCUUUUUACCUCCCGGAGACUCUUCUGUUAAAGGUAUUCCAUCGGUACUGCACAACUACCACAAGGCUUUGUCUGAAAAAGAGCUCAUCACAUACAAUAAGUUGACACUUAAGAUCAUACCAAGACUGGAGAAUCUCAAGAGUGCCCUCAAUGCGAAGAUCAAAGAGAUUUUGGCUCUCAAGUCAGAUUUCAAGAUCAAUAGGCUCAAGAAUGAGAUUGCCAUAACUGGCCAGUUGCUGAACGAUUACGUUGCUGCAGUUGAGCUUUUGCAGACGGGUAAAACAGUGACCUCGCUUGGUACUACGAAGUUUUUGAAAGACGAGGUAAAAGCAUUGAGCCCUAAGCAUGAUCCCUACAUUUUGAGGCUCAAAUUGGAUCUCCAGCUGAAAAAACAGCUGCUUGAAGAGAAUGUCUUCAAAGAGUCUUUCUUCAAUAUCCAGAAUGCUGGUUGGCAACUAGAGAACAUCGUUUAUGGCGAAGUGCAGAAUUCUGUUCGAAUGUUUUGCGAUUUGGUCAACGCCGAGGUUGACGCUGUGAAAGUCAACUUGAUUGACGAUUUGACCCAGGGGUUCCUGAGGUCAGAACAAAACGUGGAUUGGGACUAUUUCAUUUCCAAUGAAAACGAAAACUUUUUGAGCAUAAUGUCUGAUCAACUCAAAGCCGGCGAAAAACCCCCUAUGCGCAAAUUGUCCCAGGUAUCAUAUCCGUACCAGCAAAGACUAGUUUCCAGGAGCAUUCGGUCAGGGUACCUGGAUAAGAAGUCGAAAGUAUUGAGAAGCUACAGCAGAGCCUUUUUCGUGCUGACGCUGAAUUUUCUUCACGAAUUCAAGACCGGUGACCGAAAGAAGGAGCCCAACCCUGUAGCAUCGAUUUUCCUGAGUGAUUGCAGUGUUCAAGACUCAGAUGGACGCAAGCUGGUUUUGAGAGUGAGCUCAAAAGAUGCUUCUGGCGAGGAAAAGGCCAAGAUAUCACUAAAGUGUGCCGAUCCAGGUGAGCUGAAAAAAUGGUACACGGACCUCAGCGAAUUGUGUUCUCUGAAGAACAUCAUUGACCGAAACGCUUUGAUGGAGUCCAAGUACGAAUCCACGAUGUAUGUUGCUCCAAGUUUGGAAACGAGAACGGUUGACAGUUCUUUUCAGGAUUUGCCAUCCCAGACUCAACACCAAGGACCAUUCUUGCAUCCGCAAUUCAAUGCCUCCGGCUCUUCGAUUCAUCUGCCUUCGUUCCAGCAUGCUAGAGGCCAUGUUCACAGUCAUUCAAAUUCUUCCAUCAAGUUGACUGAUGAAUUAAACAGGGGAAGAGUAGCUGGCCUUACUAUGAACAGUGCCAACAGUUCGCCGUUGAACUCUCCGCCAGCAGCAGAAUUUACCAUUGGUUCAGAUUCUUCGACUCCACACAGUGCCCCAGCCACAAUUGUUCCUCCCGCUGGAGCUGGUGGAGGAGGCACAGGGACGUCUGCGCGUGCCACAACAGCAUCAGGACCUCCCUCCGACUCUUCAGGCUCUGGUGGCUUGCAGCAACCCGCACCAGACUAUUUCACUCUUGCGACUUCCCCGGCACCGAGAGCUUCAACACCAGAGUUUGUUGUAUCAGAGGCUUCUCCUCCAAGAGAAAGAGGACGUCUUUCAAGACCAUUGUCGCCCAUCCAGUCCCCUUCUCCUUCCCCUUCUCCUUCUCCGUCUGCCUUUGGGCAUAGAAAUGGCGCAUUUUCACCAAGCCUACAUAUUCAACCACCGCAACCACCUCUCAGCCCAGGAUUGUCUCAGCAAGACAUCAUCGUUCAACAGCAGCAGUUCCAGCUUCAGCAGCAGCAACAGAUUCGCCAGCUCCAAUCGCAGCUACAACAGCAGCAGAGGCAACAGACUAGAGCAAAGUUGAAUACUCAGGAGUCAUCGCUUUCGUCACGCAAAAAUGCUCCUGCCCAUCGGAUCAAACUCCCGGCACCAUCGAGCUUGAACGAAGUGCUUGCACAGACACCUAUCCAGACUCCUGGAAAGUUACCUGAGACCAGUGUGUUUGACAUGAUUGAGGGGUUUGAUGGCGUUACAGGAACACAGACAGACUCGAAUACGUCUAGUCCUGCGUAG